UUAAACAUGGCGGUCGUUCAAAGAAAAAGGGACGGUGGGCCAAACUUGAAAUUUUACGAAGCGGCAGAAACAAUCACGCAGUUUGACGGCGUGAAGCAAUGGCUCCACAAGAACUGCAAAAAGUACACUCAGGCAGAACCGCCAACGAACAAGGGACUGGCGAGCUUGGCGAUUCAGCUCAUCCAGUUUCAAGAAGAUGCAUUUGGCAAAAGCGUGAGCAAGCCGCCGCUGACACGACUUCCAAUGAAAUGUUUUAUGGACUUUAAGCCUGGAGGUGCACUUUGCCACAUCUUUGCUGCUGUCUACAAGUUCAAGAGCGAGCAGGGAUGGCGCAGGUUUGACUUCCAGUCUCCCUCCCGCAUGGACCGCAACGUGGAGAUGUUUAUGACCGUCGAGAAGACUCUGGUGCAGAACAAGUGCUUGUCUCUUCCCCACAUCUACAUCUCCCCCGAGGUGGAGAAGCAGCUCAUCUCUCGGCUGAAGGACAUCAUCAAGAGGCACCAGGGCACCAUUGCAGAAACUCAAGACGAUGCCAGUCACAUCGUCUACCCUCCCGCGCCCGUGACAGACACCUCUGAAGAAUACGUGCGCUUGGUGAUGAAACGAGACCGGAGUGCUCUCAUCCACUGGUGGUAUUUUCCCGACAGUUUCGACACCUGGGUGGCCGGCCUUGACAUCGACAUGGAGCCAGACUCCCCUCAAACCCAUACCGGGCCUCACGAGGUUAAUGCAAAGUGGCUCAUUGACCUGGAUGAGUACAACGAAUGGAUGAAUGAGGAGGACUAUGAGGUCGAAACAGAUGCCAUGGGCCGAAGGAGGUCUCCCAGGGGAAAGUACACUUUGGAUGAGCUGCUCUCUGGUGAAGGCGAGCGGCGCGACAGGAAAGGCAUCAAGAAACGCAAGAGGUCUCCGUCUCCCCCUUUGGACAAGCGGAAGCGCAAGGGGGGAGGGCGCAGCCCAGCCAUGGGCAAGAAACGAUCUUUCCGCGACGACGAAUCAGACGACUUGACCAAGGACAUGGAAGAGCCCUCUCCCGAGCCCAGUGUGCAGGAAGUCUCGAUCCCCAAGAGCAACCCGAACCAGCGGAGCAGCAAAGACAGCGAACUGCAGCCUGUCAAGGGGGGCACCCUAAUGGAUCUGGAUGGAGCAGACCUGGACGAGAAAGGUGACAGAGACAAGGGAUCAAGGCCGGGCAGCCCCAACGGAGCUGGAAAGAGCGAGAAGGCAGACGCGCAUGAUGACAAUGUGACGGAACAGGCAAACCACAUCAUCAUCCCCAGCUAUGCUGCAUGGUUCGACUAUAACAGCAUUCAUGCCAUCGAGCGACGGGCCUUGCCAGAGUUCUUCAAUGCCAAGAACAAGUCAAAGACACCAGAAGUGUACAUUGCAUAUCGCAAUUUUAUGAUCGACACAUACCGGUUGAACCCCACCGAGUACCUCACUGUGACUGCUUGCCGGAGGAAUUUGGCUGGCGAUGUGUGUGCCAUCAUGAGGGUACAUGCGUUCCUGGAGCAGUGGGGGCUGGUGAACUACCAGGUGGAUGCGGACAGCCGACCGACUCCUAUGGGGCCCCCCUCCACCUCCCACUUCCACGUGCUGGCUGACACCCCCUCUGGACUGCAGCCCCUCAACCCUCCCAGGACUCAGCAGCCUUCAGCAGCGCAGCAGAUGCUGAACCUGGAUAAGGCCAAGGAGGUGGGGACGGACGGAAAGCCGGAGGAGGGCGGGGCGGCCAAGCCGGCCAUCGGGGACAUGCUGGGCCUAAAGAUGGACCAGUACGCCAAGAAGAACGCCUACCUGAAGCACCGGGCGGCGGCCACGGUGUCCCGGGAGUGGACGGAGCAGGAAACGCUGCUGCUUCUCGAGGCCCUGGAGAUGUACAAGGACGACUGGAACAAGGUGUGCGAGCACGUGGGCAGUCGCACUCAGGACGAGUGCAUCCUGCACUUUUUGCGCCUGCCCAUCGAGGACCCCUACCUUGACGACCCGGCCGCCGGGGGUGGAGCCCUGGGACCCCUGGCGUUUCAGCCCAUUCCGUUUUCCAAGGCUGGCAACCCGAUCAUGUCUACCGUGGCUUUCCUGGCCUCAGUGGUGGACCCCAGGGUCGCUUCGUCUGCAGCCAAGGCUGCCAUGGAGGAGUUUGCCAAGAUCAAGGACGAAGUGCCGUCGGCCCUCUUGGACGCCCACAUCAAGAACGUGGAGACCGCUGCGGCCGAGGGCAACGUGAAUCCCAAGGCGGGCCUGGGCAUGACCGGCAUUGCCGGCACAGCCGACAAGGAACCCACCGAAGGAGCAACGGCAGCAGCAGUAGCAACGACGGGAGAGGAGUCUGAAAAGGCGGAAGAAGGCAAGGAGGGCACAGAGCCUUCUCUCUCGGCGGAGGUCAAGGUGGAGAAGCCGAGCAGUUCUGAGGAGAACUCUGCGGCGUCCGUCGAGGGAGUGGCCUCGGGCGGAGAGGCAGCUGCGGAGGAGAAGGGCAAGGCGGCCCCAGAGGAAGCCCCCAAGGAGGGCGACCCCGAGGCCAUGGACACGGAGGAGCCCAGGGCCCCCGAAACCGAGAGGGACCGCCUGGUGAAGGACGCGCAGCUGUCCACUGCGGCCGCCGCCGCCCUGGGUGCGGCAGCCGUCAAGGCCAAGCACCUGGCAGCGGUGGAAGAGCGCAAGAUCAAGUCACUGGUGGCUUUGCUGGUGGAGACCCAGAUGAAGAAGCUGGAGAUCAAACUGCGCCACUUUGAGGAGCUCGAGGCCAUCAUGGACAGGGAGAGGGAGACGCUGGAGUACCAGCGCCAGCAGCUGAUCCAAGAGCGGCAGCAGUUCCACCUGGAGCAGCUGAGGGCGGCCGAGUUCCGCGCCCGGCAGCAGGCGCACGCCAUGAUGAUGGCCCAGCAGGGGGCGGCAGCCGCUGCGGCCGCCGCCGCCGCACCGCCCGGCUCAGGGGGCCUGCCGCCCCAAGGGGGCGCCGGCGGUGGAGGAGGCCCCAACCCCGAGGACCCAGGUCAGCACCCCCGCGGCCCCUCCUCCCAGCAGCCGCCCUCGCACCGCACGCCGUACAGCUACGGGCCCUCGUACGGGGCCGCAAUCCCCUCUGGCAUGGGGCCUCAGGGCAGGCCCGUGGGGCAGUUCCCUGGCCCCGGGGAAGGGUUCAGGGUCCCCCAUGGGGGCGGGGGCAACCCCGGGGCUUCCCCAGGCAUGCCUCUCUCUUCGUCCUCUGUCGGAUCGCCGGGCAUGCACCCCUCGGCAGCCGGAGCGGCAGCCGCAGCCGUGGUGGCACCCGUGCCCGCCAUGAAUGGGGGGCCUCCGAUGGCCCCUUCCACACCGGCCAGCACAGCCCCAAUGGAGCAGCAGCCCCAGCCGCCGCCGCCACCGCCCCCACGUCCCGUGUCCCCCCAAUGUGGCGCCCAGCCCAGCCGAAUGCGAGCCUCCCCCACCCCCGGCCGCGAGCGGAGACCACGCGCAAGGAGCCGGUCCCCCCGCCCACACGAGCGCCCCCACGCCCCCCGGAAUCUGAAGAACGCGGCUGGGCCCCCCACUCCCCUGCAGCGGGCUCGCCGGAAGACUUCCUUCGUGCUAUCUCGCCAACAUUGUGUCAUCCUCAUUGUUUGUUGUACAUUUUUCAACAUUUCCCGUAUCUGUCCCCUAGCGUAAGCUCCAUUUCUCCGCGCGUGUCAUUUUCUUAGCUUGCGGCGAUGAGACUCUGUUCCAACUGUUGUCGGGCCGAGCUGGGCCAGUGUUUGUCUUGUGAUCGAAGAACGUUCGGCAGCCUCUCAGGCAUGUCACGUGCUGAUCUGGCCGACCCCGGCACGAGUCGCUCGCUGGCGACGAGGGGUCGUAGUUAAGGGUGCGAAAAGUGCCGACGCGACGGGUUAGGUAUUACUUAUGCGUGUGGAAGAUUCAUAUGGUGAUUCUUUUCAUUUGAGCUGCUAAAGAAAUGCUCAAGCUUGAAAGUCAAGCAGUUUGAUUAUUUUCAGAGGGAACCAUUUCAUAGAAUCAGACACAAUAAAAACAUUUUCCCCCCA